AUGGGCAGCUCUCUGGGCUUGGCUCUGCACGGUCUCCGUGUGGGUUUGCAGGGUGGAGACCAGGUCCUGGGUUCUUCAGAUGUGAGAGAUACACACAGUUACCAGUACUUAUUCACUGGAGUCACACCAGGAAUAAACUUCCCAGAAUUCACUGCUGUUGGGAUGUUGGAUGGAGAGCAGAUCAACUACUAUGACAGUAACAUCAGGAAAUUCAUCAACAAAACAGACUGGAUAAAGAACGCUCAUGCUGAUGAUCCGGAUGUUUGGGACAAAUACAGCCAGAAGCUGCAGAUCGAACAGGAAGAGUUCAAGCAUGAAGUGAAGACAUUAAUGCAACUCUUCAAUCACACUGAAGGAGUUCACACAUGGCAGUGGAUGGUUGGCUGUAACCUUACUGAUAAUGGCUCCUUUUACCAGUUUGGUUAUGAUGGAGAAGAUUUCAUCAGUCGGGAUGUGAAAGCUGAAACCUGGACUGCAGCUAAACCUCAGGCUGUGACCACCAAACUCAUUUGGGAGUCUGAUGAUUUUUAUAAGAAGCAGGUUAAUAACUACCUGAAGAUUGAGUGUAUUGACUGGUUAAAAAUGUACGUGACUUAUGGCAAUGCGACUCUGGAGAGAAGAGUUCGGCCCGAGGUGUCAGUGUUCCAAAAACACUCAUCUUCUCCAGAGGUGGUGUGUCACGCUACAGGUUUCUUCCCCAAAGCAGUGAUGAUCACCUGGCAGAAGGACGGAGAGGACGAGCAUGAGGACGUGGAGCUCAGAGAGACGUUACCCAACCAGGAUGGAAGCUUCCAGAAGAGAAUCAUUCUGAAAGUCCCAGCUGAGGAGCUGCAGAAACACAACUACACCUGCGUGGUUCAGCACAGCAGCUUGGAGAAGGAGUUAGUGCUGAAUGUGAGCCAGUGUCGGAUCUUGACAGGUAGAGCACGACCUGCUAUCAUCAUCAUCAUCAUCAUCAUUAUUGCAGCCAUGGUUUUCAUUGCUUAUUGCACAAGAGGACAGUGCAGGUAG